UAAACAUGGUGGACCUACAGCUGAUGCCGAAGAUAUUUUGAAUAUUCUAAUCUGCUGUUUAGAUUUUUGCAAAACAUCUGUUCUUAAGAACUGAUCACAAUGGCACACAAUGAAAGUACUCUUCGCCCGUUUGGUGUAUCUUCCUCAGUAUGAAAUGUAGACGUACCAUUCAUGGCAACUGACAAAGUAUUUACGAUCCGAAAUUUUGAGGGAGAAAGGCGAGUUAUUCCGCUGCCAAUUCAGACAUACUUCUGGCGGCAAACAAGUCAACUACUGAAACCAAAACUUGUGAGGAGAAAUUAUGAAUCAGCCUGUUUGUCGUUUGAGAGAAUAAUUUGUGAAAACCGAGUUCAAGAUCUACAGCCCAGUUUAGCCAGUGCUGUGAAGAGCAUAAACAGAUGGCACCUUAUACAGUCAUCAGUGCCUUACAUCCUUCAGUGCUGCUCCUUGCUUCUUUCAAACAGGGGGCGUCUGGGAAAUAUUGAUAGACUUGGUAACGCAGAACGCGAACUCUUGUUCACACUUCACUGGAUUUUGCUAGAAGGACCUCGUGUUUGCUGUGUUGUGGACACUGAUAGCUUGCUCUAUCCUCUGACCACCAUCGAGCAGUUUGUGCAUGAGCUCACACCUCAUGUGUACCACAUGCGAGAGAGCGACUUGACAUUUAGACUAGAAAAUGGAGUGGCCAUUUGGGGACCCCUUUGGAAACACGAGAAGCCAUUGAUAACGCCAUUUACAUGUGAAGUUAUAUCAAAAGAUGCUCACGCUGAAAAUGACGAAAAAGGAAGUCAGUCCAGUUCUGCAGAUCAGAGCACAUCAGCUGACUCAAAUUCAGAGUUUUCACCAGCCACCUUUUUCGAUGUUGCUGUUUUGAAGUGCUUGUUGUCAACUGGCUGGGAUGAAAAUGGUGUCAUGUGGGCACUGCGUUAUCUUACUGCUUACCUCAAGAGAGAAUUCAACCUUUGUGAUCAAGCAACAAGCAGCGGGGCAUCAGGAGAGAUCAGAAGUGAAAUUUCUGCUCAGGGGCCCACAGUUUUAACAGUAAAUCCGGGCAUCAGUGGGGAAAGAAGUUUAGUCCAAGGUAAAAACAGUGUAAAACCAGAUGGAGCAGAAGUGGAGAAGAUCAACAAAGAAGGUAAUGCACAGAGUGGAAGAUUGGGCAGCCAAAGUGCACCCAACGUGUCUUCAACUGUCACUAACAGUGUACAACUCACAGUUCCUCAAAGUGUAACAACCGAGCCUAGUGGAGAAUCACAGUCGGAUAACCAGAGCACUUUAAAGAUUCCAGAUGGUUCUGAUGAAGAAAGAUCAGCAGCCCAAGGAAUAGAGCGCACAGGCUCCAUAAGGUUGAGAAUAAGGGUGCAAUCAUCCCCAGGGGGCGCAGCAGGGGGACGAGUGUUGACAGCCGUACCCUCACCGACUGGAGGCAUGACCCAGCAAGAGGAGAAGACCAUAGCCAAUGACGAUUCUCAAGAUGUCUGCGAGACUAGGAAAUUUCAGAGUACCAAAGUUUACAUUAAGCCAUCAAAUGCCCUUCAAGUGCCCUUGGUUGGUACUGGAGAUACCAGUAUGCAACACGGUGGUGAUCCGUUAGAAGCCAGUUCCGAGGCAAGGGAUCUUCAAAGUGGACGUCUGAAUGAUGUUCUUACCAGUGUUUCUUCAGUUAAUUCUACUAAAGAAACGAUUUUACAAACUGACCGUGUAGAGUCCUGCUAUAGCACCUCUCCAAACUAUGAUGGACAAGCUCAACCGGAUCCUUCUCUGAUGUAUACAAGAAGUAAGGAAUCGAGUAAUCAUGUAGCUUUUGAGAGCAUGGUUUCGUAUGAAAAUGAAGUCCAGGAAUUCCAGGGUGGACUGGUGCAAACCGGUGACGUAGCAAAAACAGACCAACUAAAGGAUGAAGCAAUUUUGAAGCGUCUCUCAGAGCAUACAAAUUCAAGUCACGCAAGCAGCAGCUCGGUUGAGAGCGAGGUCCAGCCGCUUCUUAAACCUCCCAGUAUUGCAACAACAAACAGAAAAGCCCUGGCACUCCUAGGUCUGUGUGAAAAUCCAAGAACAUUUGUCAACCGCGAUUCGCUCACAAAAAUCGACCGGUACUUUGUGUUUCCAGGUGCAGCUGAUUACAUCACUAUUGACGGCCGACUGAGUUCCCUAAUGAUCUUACAAGCUCUGUAUAACAUCACGCGCGAGAAUCCUUCCGCAUUAAUCAGUGACAUGACUCUCACCAUUCUGCAGCAGUUGGUUACGAUUCAUCAAAACAAGAAGUCCAAGAAACGAGGGAGUUCUAUCGAGGUCGAUGAUCGUACUGUUGCUGAAACACAGGCUGUGGGAUUCCGAAGCCCUCACUCCGACAAUAUCCUUGGUAGACUGCGCGCUAGCUUCUACGGAAGGCCUCCAAGUUUCCUCAGUCUAGCAAUGGGAUGUCUAGUCAGUGUCGUCAAAGCCUUAGGAUGUCCUUUGGGAUGCGGAGAUGGCUGCCGAGGGAACUCUGGUGAUCGACUUCGAAACACAACAAACAAGCUCCUGACUCAACUCCUUCGCAGUGAAGAAGCUGCAUUCAAAUUGUGGCUCCAGCAAUAUGCGAGAUUAGAACCUCACGAAGACUUGGUGGACUUCCUUCAUGCCCUGUUGGGCUUCUGCGAGGAAGACCAAGAACAAUCUGAUGAUGAGAUGAUGCCUGUCGCAAACUCUGACAAACCGAUGAGAAAGAAAAGUCUUUUUUCUAUGCCAGAAGGCGUCAAUGGUGUCAUUAUUGGCAGCAUUUUUAAGAUCCUGCUCACCAGAGUGGCUGAGAUGAACUUCCUUGAACUAAAAAAUUUGACUUUUUAUGGCGAACUCCGGCAGCUUCUGAGGUUUGUAAAAGAAUCGUAUGGAAACAUAUUCUGGAAAGUUGCCUUAAGUGGACUUCGGGACUCAGCCUACAAAGAAUCGAAAGAUCAGCCAGAUGCAAGCAAAACUCCUGCGCAAGAUUCGUCCACUAAAAAAGUGUCGACUGUCAGGAAAACAUCAGUGGCUAGGAUGAAAGUUGAAAGAACUGCUACUUACAAAACUAAGCGCACUCUUUUACAGAAGCUUGUUCGGAUCACAUCAGAGAGCGCUGAUAGCAGUGGCAGCCUAACACGAAGUCUGAAGUUUUCGUCUGCUGUGGAAUCCAGUCCUUCGGAGACAGCGUUGUCUCCGAGAAGUAAAAGAAAGAUAUUCAUCCGGAAGAGGCAAAAAGCUAUGGGCACUCAAUAUGACAGUGAUGAAGACUUGCUGGACACACCAGACACUCCAUCAGAACAGCGGCCAAGCUUAAAACGCAAGCUCCUCAAGUCAAAGACUCCUAGUAGAAAGAAAUUAGAUGAUAUCUUCCCAAUAACGAAGAAAGGAGACACGACGCCAUCCACGUUGAGUGAACCUACUCUGCCCAUUGAUAUAGUGGUUCAUGAGUUUGAAACUAAACCUGUCGAUGUGGAAGCACUAAGGUCUGGUAUGGUCAGGUUUCGAUUUCUCCUUCAUGGUGGUCAGCCGGGUUCCAUACCAGAUCCAAAGAUUUUGGCUUCCAUGCUGGACUUGGAAGCACCAGCUGUGGCUAGAGCAUGUCUCUUGUUGGAGUGUUGCGUCCUUGUUCAUAGAUGCAACCAAGGCGAAUGGCCGCAGUGGUUACGAGGCAGUCUUCCAUCUCUUGCUCAUCGUCGAGGUGGAGUCUCAUCAACUUCUGCCACACCAUUCAUGUUCGCUCAGCGCCGUAACCUCGUUGCCAUGCACGAAGCUGGUGUCCUGUUCCGUGAAUGGGGUGUUGCUUUGGGCAAGAAACUGGAGCAGGUGUUGGCAAAAAAGAGGAGACAUUUGCUGCCGUCCAUCGACGAAGAGGGUGGGAAGACUGUCCUUACAGACAUGGAUGAAAUGGAGGAAGACUUCCUGGACGAAGCCACUUUGAAUGAUUCAGUGAAAGUGUGUCCUUACCCUCUGUUGAUGAUCGCCUGCCAGCUCCUGCUGGAAAUCACAGCCUUCUUACGGGAAAGCCAUGGUCUUUACUCGGUCAGCAAACCUGCAGGUAGACCCUUACAUCGUUAUAAUAUUCAAAGGAGACGCCAGAGUGUGACAAGUCAUCGACGGUCUAUGGCAUUUUCUCCCGAAAUGCAUCAGCGUCGUUUGAGUAGUAUCAUAGGUGGAGGAGGAGAACGAAUACGGCGAGCCAGUGCUUGGAGUCAGUCUUCUUUACAGACUGAUUUCCCAUCCAGUCCAAGUCGAACCUUGCAAGAACCACCCAUGAUUACAGUCUCAGGGACUGAUACGAACGCUAACAACCCAGACACAGAUCAAGAAGGAAAGAAAGAAAGACGCGAUAGUGUAGACCGAACGCGGAAUCGCCACAGUUUGUACUUCCCGCGGGUCAGUAUUCAGAACUCACCUAAGACAGCGAAGCGGAUAGCCAAGCGUGGUGGGAUCGGAGGGGAGGGUGAGUCGGUGAGGUUCAGAUCAAAAUCCACCAAGUGUGACGCUAAGCAUCUCAGUGUGGACGCGACGAUGUUUGACGACGAUGACGAGUCGGACGAUGAAGAUCUAACUCUGAAUUUACCCUGGUUAAAUGCCGUGAUUCAGCUGAACAGCUCAACCGCGUUCCUGUGUGAUCACCAAGGAGUUUGUCCUGUUAAUUGUCACCAGCGGCAAAGCCGAAGCUGCACACGGAUGGUGAAAUCACUGAAGGCAGUUUACAGCACUUUGAACAAGAACGACAAAGCUUCCGACAAGCAGCCUGGCAGAGCGCAUGGCAUUCAUGGCAGUCCGCUGAUCAGUGCACCGCAAGUUGGUUCUGUGGAACAGGCGACUAAGAAGGAAAAGGAGGACACAGAAAUGAUACAAUAUAUAUCAUCAAGCCUCGCAAGUUUGACUCAUUGUCCAUUCUCAGUAAUUGCCAAGGCGGGUACAGUCAUCGAAAAAAGCCACCUGAUGGAUACCUUGCCUGUAGUCUGGGAACUGUUGCUUGAUGACGAUCAACAACUGGUAUCCUCUGCUGCUUCAGUCUUUCUUUUGACUGGAAUACGUCUGCAGGACACGGUGGAGCAGAUGCUACACAAAGAACUGACUUGUACUGAUGCCAAUGAAAGAGUCAAGUCUCUCCAGAGAUUUGAGGUUUUGUGGCAAUCCAGGUACCAUGCUUGGCCUAGACUUGAGGAAGGAGCAAGACUGAUUCUAAAGGUUCCGCCACCUAAAGUUGACUUCACCCUCCCCUCCCCUGCCGUUGGUAUGCCUUCAAGUCACCCCCCUGACUGCCCUUGGGAUGCAAGUCUCAUCCUGGAAGAGCAGCAGGACAAAAAGAACCGAGAUAAGAGAAAGAUCCGCGACAAUAGCAGCGAUUUGAAGAAGCAACAAGAGCGAUCUGAGUUCUUAUUGCGAGCUAUUCCGGUGUCAAUGGAGACAACAGUUGGUGUAAAUGUUUCAGAGGAUGAAAAAGAGAAGGAUUCUCGCAUGGACGUUUGGCAUUACCACUUGGAAGGGACAGGAAACUCACAAGAUGUGACGGGAGAAGAUGGAGGUGAAAGUCAACAAGUAGAAGCUGAGUUAUGGCCGCAAGCUGUGUCAUCAGCCAUUCCUGACAUCAUCAAAAUGAUGGAUGACGUAUUAGUGGAUAGUGACAAAAUAGCUGUGAUGGAAGUCGCCCGUCGUCUGGUUUGGAGGUGCUUAGUGGAUGAUCCAGUUCUUUUCUUUAGAAUUAUUUUGGAACAAGUAACUAAGAGGGACAAACAGGAGGAACACAUUUCUCUUUUAAGGAAGCUGCUUCUUUACAUCACAGAGCUGCCACAAGCAUCGUCUAGAUUUCUUAUAAACAAUCUGAUCGGUGUUGCCAUGUAUUAUGCUAGAACUAACAAGCCUGGUUCCCAGGAUUCGCUUGCCUUGGUGUUGUCGCUGCUCUGGCAGGCAGUGCCAAGCGUGCGGGGAUUUUUGUUCAAAGAUCUCAAGCAGUGUCUACGGAAAGAACAUUGCGAUAAUGCCUUACGUAUCAGCUCGAAUGUUCCUGGCGCUAAGAAACUUUGCGUGAUUCUUCCCGAUCAAGAAAACGAUGAAGAGGAGAAAGACCAGGAGAAAACCAAAGAAACAGUUCCCGUUCAUGAUGAAAUGACAUUUGGCAAGGUCCUAGAAGCGUUUAAGUCACGGUACCAAGACUCUGGCAGUGAAGGGAAAGAGUUGUAUCUCAUUGACAAGAAAUCAGAUCAGAUACUCGAGGAGAGAGACCACGUACGAGAUGUGUACACUCACCGCAAGGGAUUUCCAAGUCCCAUGUUGAUGUUGGACUUUUUAGAUCAAGAAUUGGCGUUUAACAAAAGACAAUCACAGGCGUUUACAAACAAGAUCGCUGAGAUUGGACGAGUCCUUCUGUCGUCAUCCAUACUUAACGCGUUACCCAAUCAGAAACACAUCUCUUUUCUUCACGGAGAGUUUAGUCGUCAAAUCUCAUUUCCACGAAAAGCUCUUGAUUGUGAUUUUUCUCUUUAUGCUGGUGGCACCAAGGGAUCAGAACUUGCCGCCCUUGAUGUGAUUCAUAAAAGUGUGUGGGUCGAGCUGAUAACGUCACUCUUUCAGUCCAUGUACACGGAUUUUCCGUGGAGUUCUGCAGACCUGAAUCUCUUUCUGAACGUUAUUAAUGGCGCCAUUUUGCUUCACUGUGAAGACGGUGCCAUGCUGCGACUUUGCUUGGCGUCUUUGAUAAACAUUGCAGUUCACUUUAGUCACAUAUUUGCUAGUGAUGGGUAUCAGCACAUAUUUCCUUCACUUCUUCAAGUCUAUUCACAUCACCAAUCUAAUGAAAUGGUCACCACUGCUAUUGAGUUUGCGAUGAAGCAGUUCUACAUUUUGCACCAAAAGCCGUGUCUGCUACAGCUCUUUGCCAGUGUAGCACCGAUACUUCUUGUAGAGAGGUCCGAUGCAAAUGAGGAUGAAGCAGAUGAUGAAGAUCUUUCUGGCAAAAUCCCUCCCAAAUGCCUGUUUAAUCUGCUGACAUCAUUAGACAAACCGUCACCUGACAGUCUUGAGGUGUUAGACCUGGUGCGAGCCGAGAAGCCGCUGAAACCAAUGGAUUCAUGUUACGAAUCGUCAAAUGACCCUCCUGGUGUUAGUCAAAUUGACACCGCAGUCCGCCUGUGCGUUACCGUAGUGAAUUUCGCGCCGGAAUCAAAGAGAGCUGUACAAAUGGUGGUGGUACUGUCUGCCAUUUUGCCACACUACCUGAAUUACCUCAGAACAGAUAGCAGUGCUCCUGAUAGUGAAGAGAAACUGAAAGCAGAGCUGACGGGGCUUACCUCUCUUGUCACCUCCAUCAACGUUUUGAUUAAGAGUUCAGAAGUACUGACAAGGUCGUUUGUGCACUUUCAGAGCUACAAGGCAUUUUCAGAUAAGUCUGGUAUCUUUCCUGAUCUGGCUUCCACUACGUCACUGAUGUUAGGUCGAGGAAGCAUCAGCAGCACAGAGGCACCAAGCGCAGCUGACGAAGGGGAGCUGGGGAAGCGUCCGUUCCUGGAAAGACUGCGGGCUCAGGAAGAGAAAGAUGAGGUAAUGCAGGCAUUAGAGGAGUACCGGAAGCCAAGAGAUGCGCUGUUGAUACUUGUGUCAGACUUCAUCCGAAUUUGUGCGCCACGACUUGAGGAGCUGGAGACGGCUUCACUUCCACCAAGAUACACUGUCCCAGAGUUACUUCAAAGCAUCAGUAUCAAUACCCUCGCACAGAUUGUCUACUCUUUGUUGAAGCUGGCAGUUUACGACCACGUGACCCUGUCUUGUCUUGGAGUGAAACGGUACAUGACAGAUGCCUUACCGCUUUUGAAAGGUUCUCCAGAAGCCCUGGAAGCUUCGAUGUUACUCAUUCUUAAGAGAGUCGACAAAAUGUUCGAGAAGCUAGUCAACAAGCCUGACCUGAUGAGGUGCAUCGACUGGAAAUCUCUGGAGGUUUAUCUUAAAGGACUUUAUAUGACGCUUUGUAAAAGGCCAUCAACAGCAAAUUCCCCGUAUUUGAAGACUCUGGUAAACAUCUGUACUAGUCUCAUCCUCCAAGAACGCGCCGCUGCCGCCGUGUCCGUCGCCGCCAAUCUACCAUUCGCACCAAUUUUGUCUCCGCCCACUUUUUUCGCGGACACCGUCAUCAAACUAGCGUCGCGUCUGAUGCACGUACUGAGGGAGCAUUGUUCACUGAGAGAGUUGUGUGGAAACUCGAUUGACCUGGGUGGAGCCAGCAGAAAAGAAAAGGUGUUUUUACGCCUGAUGUUACCGAUAUUUAUCAGACUUGGGUCGGGGCGUCCAGAUGCUCCAAAGGCAUCCUUCGAAGACGUCUCCUAUGCGCUGAGUUGUUUCUUGUUAACAGUGGUUACGAAGAACCCAUCCACUCCCGGGACUGGUCCAGUGCGGCUCUCAUUUGUCGAUGAAGACCUGGAAUUACCACGUUCUCUGACGUUUGCAACACCUCACGAAUCAACUACAUCAUCUGAGGAGAUUUCAGAAAGUUUGUACUGUGCAGCUUAUCUUGGACUAAAGGUACUGAUGGUCUGCUGUGAGGAUCGUCUGGCCACUGAAUGGUACAGAAUAUAUCAGGCCAUGGAAACUAUAGUGGCGGGGCAGAUAACUAAUGUAGGUUUUUGGGACUUCAUGAAUUUCUGCGUGUCAUACCGGACUCCACUCUUCUUGUUGAUUUGCCCGCUCAUUAGAACAAAGGUCUCUCAUCUCCGUCCCAAAAACAAAACUGAACGUGCUCUCAAGCAAAGAGUGUUAACCAAGAUAUCACGCCCACCUCUGGUCGUGAGCUCUCGCAAUGCUCUCAUCACCCGCUUCCUUGAGGAACUAUCUUUCAUCAAACAGAAGCGCCCAGCGGCAGGCUUUCAAGAUGUUGAGGAAGGCGAAGAAGAAGACGUGCAGAAAGAAGAAAAGAAGCCGCUGGUACUACAGGCUCCCCCUCUAGGCAGAGAACGCUCCUCCAGUGCACCGGAGGAACCAGCUACUGAUUCUAAGGACGUGAAACUCCCGCCCCCACUUACACGCUCUGUUAGCCUGAAAGCGAAAAAAACAGUGUCAUUUUCGCCAUCCCCAAGCUUUGAAGAUGAUCGAGGAUCUGCAGCUUCAUCUCUCGGCGAUGUUCGCAGCGGGAAAGAAAAAAGGAAAAAGUGGCUUUUACGUAAACAGGAAACAGUUGAAGAACAAGAUGGUCACAAUGAAAAGGAUCUCAUGGAUACUAAUACAAGCCAAGGCCCUUUUGCGCACCAACGAGGUACUACCAUGAGGCCCGGAAAGGUGCCCACAGGAAGAGGGCCCCGAAGGCGCUUUGAAAAACUGCGAGCUGUAACAUCAGAAAGGAAAUCAUCGAACCCAUCGGCUGAGGUGGAAACUAAAAUCGAGAGCCCAACCAGCGGAAUUGUGGAGAGCCAAGGCGAGAGAUUUGAAAUGAGGUUUUUCGAGACAGAUAUUUUGGUCACUGACUCUAAGAUGGAAGCAGCCCCUGAAAGCAAACGCUCUCGAGCGUCGCUGACGCCCCCGAUAGCGAAACCCGAGUCUGUGAUGAUUACGCUGUCUCCUGACGGUUCACCGUCUGGACAGUCUCCAGCCAGUGAGAUGAAGCAUCCGUAUCCAGACAUUUUGGAGUCCUUAACACCAUUGUCUCCCAUUCCUCCUGUAAAAUUCAGCUCACAAUCGGGUGAGAAGCACGAUUCUGAGAACGCAAGGAAUGGAACGAUUGCGCCCGAAAGCAACCUUGCAGCGGAUUACGACGUAGAGCGUGCACAGCGGCUGAACAAGACUCGCUGGUGGAACAAAGUUUAUUCCAAUGUUGAAAUAAUUUCCACUGAUGAAGACAGUCAACGGUUUCAAAGUUUUGAAAUUUCUCUAUCAGAAGUAUCUGAAGUGCAAAGGGAGACGAACGUAUGACUUACGAAAACUAGUAUCAGCAUGUGUAAAGAAUAUGACGUGAACCACUUCUUCCUGUUGACGGCAAAUCAUCUUGGGGCUGGCAUAGAUGAAUUUAUUAUUCCAUCAUUACUCUAUUUCACCGUAUUAGGGCGGUGGAACACGAAAAAUACGCCGCGGUAUUUCUGUAAGACAGGAUAAAAAACGGACGCAAAGCAAGCAAUAAAAUAACGGCAUUAAAAUACUUAAACUUUCUUUUUUUUUUUCCUUUUGGUUGCCAUGACUUUUUUUAGCAACGAAUUGUUGAACCAGUCUUAUUUUUUCUGUUGAUUCUGUGGAUACUAAAGAACCCUUAAAUUGUUU